AUGUCUGAAUUCAAAUACGAUAUGUUCAAAUCUAGAUUAGACAACAUAAAGCCAUAUGACGGCGAUGUAAAUCAACUCAAUAAAUUUUUGAGUAGAUGUGAUAAUUUUAUCCAAAAAUAUAAUACUUUGAAUGAUGUUGAAUUAAAACUUCACGUUUUUCAAUAUAUCCAAGAAAAACUAAUUGGCAAAGACGAAAUUAUGAAGAGAUUACUUGUUAGCAAUGUUAUUCAACGCAUCAGUAACGAUCAAAACUUGAAUGCAUUACAAAAAGCUUGCCAAAUUGAUCACUAUAAUAAAAGCGCUCUAAAUAGUUUUAUAGCUGGUUGUGCUGGCAACUUGCGAAAUAAUAUGUACCCAAAGAAACCCUCAAGCUUAGAAGAUGCAAUCGCAUAUGUAACCGUAUGUAAUUUGAAAAUUUUGAAAAGUUAUACGCUUCAGGAAGAGAUCUCCUCCAUCAAAGUGGUCGGAGAUGCCACUAUUGCUAAUGCAGACCCCCCGAGCCAGUCAUCGGACCAAAGUUUUGAUAUGUUUGCAGUAGUACAGGAGACUAGGUCGAAAAACUUGAUGAUUUUCAAUAUAGUUGAAAACACUUCAAAUGACACUAACGUAAGAGUAAAUCAUGAUAAAACGCAUAUUAGUGAUUUACUGAAUCGAUUGGAGGCCCAACAGGUUGGUGAGUACAAGGAUGUGCGUGUGGGUAAGUCAGGUGAUCGCCCAAGACCUAUUAAAGUAAUUUUUCCCGAUGCUCAUGCUGUCUCACAAUGUGUCAGAUCGAAAUAUAAAAUCAGGGAAAGUAAUAUCAAGAUUAAACCUGAUCUUACUGUGAUGCAGAGGGGUCAUUUGAAAUCAUUAUUCGAAGAACUAGAUUGCAGGAAGAAUGACGCACUGGUGAAUUUGAAUGGUAUUAUGGAGAUUAAAUGCUUACACAAGGUCCACAAAUCUGGCAAAACUUUUGAAGAGGCAGUUUUAACAGAUAGGACUUUGUGUGUGGAAAACUAUGUCUCAGAAACAGGAAGAGAACAACUGAGAUUGAAAAGAAAACACCACUAUUAUUACCAAGUCCAGGGACAACUCAACAUCUGCAAAAAAGAUAUUUGCUUUUUUGUGGUUUAUAUAAAUGAUGAGCAACCCUUGUAUGUUGAUGCCAUCCUACGGGAUGAACAGUUUUGGAAUGAGGAAAUGUUACCAAAACUGACCAACUUUUACCAGGAACAUAUGAUUCCAGAAUUGAGAAGAAAUGAGGAAGAACACUACACAUCAACCCCUGCUAUCAAAAGACCCGAGCGACAAACAGAUGCCCUGAUUGUGGAAGAACAAGGCAGGGACAUGAAAGACCUGAUGAGAGAUGUUAAAGACAAAAUUACUCAAAUGGAAGGCAAAGACAAGAUCCUGGGACUCAGAAACACCAAAGAAGACAAACUAAUUAUCACGAUGGAAAAAGACGAUCUGCAAUCUGCAUCUGCAAAAAAACUUAACGAGAAUAUAAAAUAUUUAUCAAAAAAUAUAAACACCAGAAUGAGCGGCACAUCUAAACCGCAUAAAGUGACGAUGUACUUUCGGGGAAUGGAUUCCAUCACAACACGGGAAGAGGUACUACAGGCAUUAGAGGACAUAACGGGCAUACUAAAAGAGACCAACUAUAGACUCGGCGAAAUCAGACCCCAGUCAAAUGGCACGCAGGCGAUCACUUUCCAAAGAAUUAGCAGAGAAAAUAAGCACGGAUAA